AUGAAAAAAAUACAACAAUUUCUUAAAGAAUGUGAUAUUUUUCUUAAGGUUCCUGAAAAGUUAAAAAUAAAAACUAACACCACAAAAUUAUUUUCUAUCAUCUCGUAUGUUAUUAUUGGGCUAUUAAUAUUAAGUGAAACUUAUAAUUUUUUUAACCCUCAAUGGGUAUCUCAUGUUGAUGUUGAUACUGUAAAAGCGGGUGUAUUACCAAAUAUGUAUAUCAAUAUUGAUAUGUCAUUUCCUAAAAUGAACUGUGAUGAUUUUGGAUUGGAUGUUACUGAAAUUACUGGAAGUCUACAAUUAGGAGUAACAGAUGGAAUUAAAUUUGAUAAAAGAUUAUUAGGAGGUUGUAGAAUGUAUGGAACAAUGAAAGUAAGUAGAGUUAGUGGAGAGUUUCAUGUAGCAUUUGGUAAAAUUUCAUUUAGACAAGGAAGAUUAAAUCAAUUUAUUACUGCAACACAGAAACAUACACAAGGCCACAUUCAUCAAUUCACAAUUCAAGAAAUGAAAAGUUUUAAUCCUACUCAUUAUAUUAAUCAUUUAUCAUUUUCUAAUACACUUGGUUCAACAGUUCAUUCAGGUGAAACUCCCUUAAAUGGUAAAAAAUUUACUUUAAGUGGAUUUGAUAAUGCCCGUAAAACAUAUUAUAUUAAUGUUAUUCCAACUUUAUUCAAAUAUCCUUCUUAUACUCUUCGAACAUAUCAACUAUCUGUUAAUGAAAGAGAUGUUCCAGUUACUUAUGGUGCUUCAUUUACUCAACCAGGAGUUUUCUUCAAAUAUGAGUUAUCUCCUUAUAUUGUAAUCAAUGAAAUGAAUGACCACUCAUUUGCACAUUCCCUUGCAUCAGUUGGUGCAAUAAUUGGUGGUGUUUUGAUUAUAAUGGGAUUGUUGUCAAGGCUUUUUGAUUCAAAACAUGAAUUAGUAACUUCUGUUGUGGAGAUGGAAUAA